AUGCUGACAGCGGAGUCUUCGGCACGGGGCAGCAGCAAAGGCAGUGCGGCUCGCCGCGUCAUACAAUGCUAUGACAUGAAGGAGAUAAGGGCGCCACGUGUGUUCACGAAGCUCGCCAUCCCUGAGGAGCCCAAACGCUCGGGCGUGCCCGACGGUCCCCACACGCCCGAGAAGGGGUGCGUCCCGGUGGCAGGCGCGUCCAGCCCGGCAGCGCGCGUGGCGGCCGCGCUGGCUGCGCUGGACGGCGGGUGGGCGGUGGACGGCGGCGCGAUCAUCUCCGACCCAUCUGAUGCGGGCGCGCGGCCGUCCAUUCUGGACUACCACGCCGCGUACCAGUCAGGCACAGCGUCCCCUGGUGAUGUGGCCGAGUCCAUCGUCCGCUUCCUGGCUGAGGAGGAGGGCGCCGCAAACUGGGUGUACGGCUUCAACCCCCAACACCUGCGGGCACAGGCGGCGGCAUCCGCGGCGCGCUAUGCGGUUAGUGCGCCGCUGAGCGUGCUGGACGGCGUGCCCUUUGCCGUGAAGGACCACGUUGCGACCUUUGCCACCCGGGUCUGCCAGGGCACCACCUUUCUGGGCGACAUGGGCAGCCCGGUGGCGGACGUGGCCUCGGAGGCGCCCUGCGUGGCAGCACUGCGCAGCCUGGGGGCGUUGUGCAUUGGCAAGACGCAGAUGCAGGAGUUUGGCCUCCUUCCAACGGGUAUCUCCUGGAAGCUGGGCGUGGCGCGCAACCCACACUCCCAGCGGCAUACAGCGGGCGGCUCAAGUGGCGGCAGCGGGUGCGUGGUGGCGGCAGGCCUGGCGGCGUUUGCCAUCGGCACUGAUGGCGGCGGCUCCGUGCGCAUCCCCGCCGCCGUGUGCGGCGUUGUCGGGCUCAAGCCCACCCAGGGACGGAUGGCCUCCCUGCCUGAGGAGCACAGCCUGUCGUCAAUCGGCCCGCUGGCCACCAGCGUCGGUGAUGCCAUGAUCGUGUAUGCGGCCAUGGCCUGCCCGGGGUCGUGCGCACACUCGCCCCUCAAGCCGGCGAGGGAGACGCUGGAUACCAUGCCUGGAGCUCAGCUCAGCGCGCGUACGGCGGAGCAGGCGCAGGAAGAGGUGGAUGCCGCGGCAGCAGCUGUCGAGGCGGCAGCAGUGGCGGCCCUGCCAGAGGCGGCUGUGGGGGAGGACGCGGCGACGCGGCCCCCGCUGACGCUGCCGCAGCGCGUGCUCCCAGAGGCGUCUGACACAGCUGGGCGCAUCGGACUGUUUGGGGCUCAGCCCCUUGCGGGCCUCACGGUCGGCGUGUUUCAGCCGUACUUUGAGCACUGCGAGCUGGCCGUGGCGGAGGCCGCGCGCAGCGGGGUGGGCCUGCUGUCCCGCCUGGGAGCUGAGGUGGUGGCCGUCACCCUGCCAGAGCUGGAGCAGCUGCGCGUGGCGCACACGGUGACCUUCAUGAUGGAGGCCUUGAGGACACGCCACGUCGCGGAGGCCUGGGCCACGCAGGAGCAGCGCAGCCAGCUGCAUGAGGACACGCGCAUGAUCCUGGCAACAGCCUCGAACCUCACAGAGCGCCACUUGGAGCAGGCCCAGCGUGUGCGCCGCCGCCAGGAACGGCACUGGAGCCGCGCGUUUGAGUCGUGCGACAUCAUCGUCACGCCCACUGUCGCGUGCCUCGGCAUCGAGAUCAUCAAGGGCGCCGCGUCCGAGGGCAUGCUGCACCUCACCCAGACCAGCCGCCUCACGCGCUACACAAUCCCGGCCUCCCUCCUGGGCCUGCCGGCGCUGGCACUGCCCCUCGGCACCGCGCCCUGCCGCUCCACUGGCGCACGCCUGCCAACGUCGCUGCAGCUCAUAGGGCGGCCGUGGCAGGACGCGACAGUACUGCGCGUGGGGGCGGUGCUGGAGGCGGGCUUGAGGGAGGCGGGGUUCGCCGCACCGCUGCCGGCACUGAGGAUGCCCAACCCCCUGGUCACGGCUGUCGGGAAGGCAAAGGGCGGCCACGCGUGA